AUGUUGCCUCGAUUCCUCACCUCGUCAUAUGCCAUGGAGGGGCACUACUUUCUGUUGCCAAAGUUUGCACUAUCGCUGAUUGGAUUCUAUCCGGAACAGGAGCGCACUCUGGGGCUGCGCCUGUGGAGUUUCUUCAACUUUUUCAUCCUAACCUACGGCUGCUAUGCGGAGGCUUACUAUGGCAUACACUACAUAUCCAUUGACAUAGCCACUGCCCUGGAUGCCCUGUGUCCAGUGGCCUCGAGCAUACUUUCCCUGCUGAAGAUGGUCUGCAUUUGGUAUUAUCAAGACGAGCUCAAGUCGUUGAUUCAGAGGGUUCGUACCCUAACGGAAGCACAGCAUUCGAAGCGAAAACUUGGAUACAAGAAGCGAUUCUUUACGCUGGCCACCAGGCUGACGACUUUGCUGCUUUGCGCUGGGUUCUGUACGAGCACUUCGUAUUCGGUGAGACAUUUGCUGGAUAAUGUGCUGAGACGUGCCCAUGGCAAAGAUUGGAUAUAUGAGACGCCCUUUAAAAUGAUCUUUCCAGAUCCCCUUCUUCGUUUGCCUCUUUACCCCCUCACCUACAUUCUCGUUCACUGGCAUGGCUACAUCACUGUCGUUUGCUUUGUGGGCGCCGAUGGUUUCUUUCUUGGUUUCUGUUUGUAUCUAACGGUGCUGCUGCUCUCACUGCGCGAUGAUGUCAACGAUUUGCUGGAGGUUGCGAACAUAGAAGACAGCCCCACUGCAGAGAAUGAGGCGCGUAUUGUGCGAGAGUUCGAGAAACUGGUGGAUCGGCAUAACGAGGUGGCGCAACUAACAGAGCGAGUGUCGGGUGUCAUGGUGGAGAUCACGCUGGGACAUUUUGUUACCUCUUCCCUUAUCAUAGGCACUAGUGUUGUGGAUAUGCUGCUGUUUUCUGGCGUUGGCAUCAUUGUUUAUUUGGUGUACACCUGUGCUGUGGGCACGGAAAUCUUUUUGUAUUGCUUGGGUGGUACACACAUCAUGGAAGCGAGCUCGGAUUUGGCUCGAUCUACCUUUUCAAGUCAUUGGUAUGGUCAUAGCGUGCGCGUGCAGAAAAUGGCACUGCUGAUGGUGGCUCGGGCUCAGAAAGUGCUCACCAUUAAAAUUCCUUUCUUUUCGCCCUCGCUGGAGACGCUCACAUCGAUUCUACGCUUCACCGGCUCUUUGAUUGCUUUGGCCACGUCCGUCAUAAGAUAAUAAAUGCGCUCUC